AUGUGUAAGUUCAGUGACUUCACGUUUGAGGGCGGAACCAAUCGCUGCGCAAUUCACCUUGCGAAAUGGAAAGGGCAGGAGAAACGCGCUGUCCGGCUUUGCAAGAAGGUGUCCACGGCAGUCAGUGAAGAAGUGCGCGGCAUGUACGAGGAGAAGGUGGAGAAGCAGGGCGUCAAACGAGGGGCGGCCGCUGCAGCAAUUGACUCCACGCUGGGCGGGCGCAACGCGGAUGACCCGGUCUUCCGCUACGCGGUCCAGUGCUUUGCGCGCGCUGGACCGGGGUACGUCUCCCCCAACAGGCGCUACAUUGGAGGGGCGGGCUUGAAGAAGGUGCGGCAGAAAAUGGAGGAGGCGCUCGCCCCCGUUGCCGCCAGCUGGAAGCGGGACGGGGUCACCGUGUCGUCGGACAUGAUGACUGACCGUUGUGGCCGCCCGCAGGCCAACGUGCUCCUUGUCAACGACUCAGGCGCAGUGUUCGAGCGGGCGGUGGACUGCAACAUGGAGUCAAAGACCGGGGGGUACAUCGCCAGCCUUCUCCGCCCCGUCAUUGAUAAGGUGGGGCCGGAGAAUGUGGUGGCGGUCUGCACUGAUGGCGGCAGCAACUAUGCCUCGGUAGCCAAGAAGAUUGCGAGCACAUGGCCGCACAUUGAGCAUGUGCCAUGUGCCACGCAUGUCCUGGACCUGAUGAUGGAAGACGUGGGCAAGAUGGGAUGGGCGAAGGGGCUCGUGGAGAAGGGGGGAAUAAUGAUUACCUUUGUGCGCAACCACCACUUCACCCGUGCUAACAUGAAGAAGGGUGGGGGGAAACAGGUGCUCAAGCCCGCGGGGACCAGCGACGAGUGGAAUGAGUGGGCAGUGGCGGACAAGGACAGGAAGACUGCAGCCGAGAAGUUCAGGGCUGCCGUGAUGGAUGAGGAGUGGUGGGGGCUGGCGGUGUUUUUUACCUCUCUCAUGGCGGUGCCGUACAAGGCCAUGCGGGCCACGGACUCCUCGGCGAAGGGGAUGAUGGCCCAUCUCGCCGCCAAGUGUGCGGACCUCGUCUACAUUGUGCACAACUGGAACGUUGUGCGCAAUUGGUACAAGAAGGAUGGGGGCAGCACGGUUGUCCCCAGUAACAUCCCGGAUGCCCCUAUCCCUUGCGGCUACAACAUGGACGAGGAGGAGGAGGAUGACCUGUUGGGGGGGGGAAGGAGAGGAUGCAGUUCUGGCGGAUGA